ACAGGCCGGAAAUCCAAGAGAUGUUUAGUAAUUUAUGGCCGGAUUCCAUUUUCUACAGUCACUUGGGUGGCCAGUUCAUGGCCUUUUUGCGGAGGGAGAGGCCUGAAUUAAGGUCAAUUGUGGUGAAGGAAGAUGUGUUUUGUGUCUUCAUGGGAAGCCUAGACAACCUUUGUGAUAUUAGGAGACACUAUGGCCUCUCUAGACACAUCUAUGAAGCAUUGCUUGUGGUGGAGCUUUAUAGUGUUUAUCAAGAAAGAGCACCUUACCCUAUUGAUCAAGUUGUUGGGGAUCUAGUGGGAAAAUUCGCAUUCAUUUUAUUUGACACAAAGAAAGGCACCCUUUUUGUGGCUAGAGAUCGUGGUGGUGCAGCAAAUUUAAAUUGGGGAGUUUGCAAAGAUCAAUCACUAGUUUUCUCGGAUCAAUCUGAUACUAUACUUAAGGUUUGUGAGAACUCUUGGGCUCCAUUCCCAGCAGGGUUCAUGUUCUGGAACCAAAGUGGGUUGCAAAGCUUCAUCCAUCCUCUACAUAAGGUUAGGGCAAUCCCACGUGUGGACGCACACGACAACAAGUGUGGAGCCCUCUUCCAAGUGGACUUAUUCAACCGUGUGAAGAGCAUCCCACGUGUGGGGAGCACAGCGAAUUGGAUGAGUACCACAACAAAUGAAGGCGAAUAGGUUUUU